UCCACUGUGGGACAGUUAAAUAGUACUUGGUACUAAUGCGUUGGUAAAGAGUCCACUGUGGGACAGUUAAAUAGUACUUGGUACUAAUGCGUAUGUAAAGAGUCCACUGCGGGACAGUUAAAUAGUACUUGGUACUAAUGCUAGCGAAUGAAUGGGUGAAAGCUUUCGGUGCGCUGAGGCGAGUCUACCGAUUGAUCAGAUCGGCGAUAUAAACUAUCAAAUUGUAAUGGGAUAUUCCAAAGACAAUAUGACGCUGAAUUAUUAUUAUUAUUAUUAUUGUUAUUUUGCAACAGAGGCGAUUGGUUUAACUGCAGUUAAUUGAAAUCUCAUCAAUUGGAUUGAUGGAUGCUGUUAGCACGUGGCUAUUGCACGAAUGAGGUUAGAUAUGAUAUCUAUAUGACAACGGCUAAAUGCGUUGAUAAUAAUUGAAGCGCGAACAAAUCAAAUUUUAGUUUUAUGUGUAUUAUGAUUAUCACGUAUGUAUGAUAAUUAUUAAUGCUUAAUUAUUGCAAGGUAAUUAAGAUGUAAACGAACAGAUCGGUGAAUUGAAUGAAUUUAAUGUAAGAUAAUAAUUAUUAAACAUUCAAUAUUAUUUGAAUCGAUUAUUAUUUGAUAUUAAUACGAAUAUUAAUAUUAAAUAUCGAAUUCAAUCCUAUCGAAUAAUUAAUAGAACACGAUUAAGUAUUUGAGAUUUAAUGGGUGAGACCCACGCGCAACAAGUCCCGGCGUGUUUUUACUACGACGUAAUAAAACACCCGGUCUUUAUUUAAUUCCCGAAAUAUUAUUGAAACUCAACGAAAUAAUGAAUAAAAUUUAUGAAACCGUAUUAAUUAAUACUUAUCUCGACACGAUGGCACGAAUUCGUAAUUGAUAAUCAAUUAAUUAACAAUUAUUGUUAACUUUAAUAUUGGCUUGGCAAUGUAGCGGAUAGAAUGUUCACAGCGAGUGUGUACAGUAUGAAGACUUGUGGUCAACUGACGAAAAGACGCGGUGACGCCGGGUCGUCGUUUCGACGGAACGGAAAAAUUCAGACACCCAAACGACAGAGAUAUACUGAAGGCGUGAGUGCAACGAAGAUGCACUGAGAAACCGACGCUAUGUUUAGCGCGCGCGUUCGCGAUGCGACCCGAGUUGGCGACGAGAUGGUUUUUAACACCGCUAGAUGGAGACCGGUUUAAAUGUUUUAAAUUUUAAAUAUUAUUAUGAUGACAAUUGUCUCCGGACUUCCGUUUUCGACGGAACAUGCUAUAUAAUAUCACUCGCAUUACUUCGUUCAACUGCCGGCAUAUCAAUUAAUCAACUUUAGUUUCAGAAAAGGCGAUUACUCUAAGAACUUUGGAAUAUACUUGAUCAUAUUUCAGUAACUGAAGCCAAAUUCAGUGCAAAAAUUAUGAAUGUACCGACUAAAAAAAAAAUUGAGUAAAUCGGAUGUACUACUCGACCGACGUUGUGGUUUUAAAAUAAAAUGUACAAGGAAUACAAAGUUGUGUUGACGUACCCUCGGAUCAUAUAUUUCCUUAUUGUAAAAUAUAUUGUAAUGAAAAGAAAAAAGUGUCGAGGAAGCGACGUUUUAAAUUUUUUUUCUGACAGUAAGCGGAAAAAGUAAUCGAAGUUACCAUAGCAACAAUUUGUAUACAAUGUUUUAAAUUUUGACAAGUGGUGGAAGCCGUCAUUCAAAAUGUCUAUCAUCGUCACUAUGAUGUCUACAAGCGAGGGGCAGUCUUCACUGCAAAUGACAGGUUUAUAUUUCUAUACCAUAAUAGAAAAAAUCUAUCAGAAAUAAAAAGCCUUAGAACAAUGUUUCUCGAGCAACCGUAUUACAAGUUACUGAUAAACUUUGCUCGUUCAAUAGGUCGAUGGCCGGAUCAGUCUCGACUACAAGCUUUUCUGAUAGGAAUCGGCAUUGUUACUCUAUUCAUUGUGCAAGUCACACCAAUAAUACUAUCCGACAUAGUGCAUUCUGAUGAUCGAGAUCUGAUAUUUGAAACAUUAGCACCAGCUAUUACGUACUUAGGUUGUAUUGAAUUGUAUUUAAAUACUUUUAUAAAUGAAAGAAAGUUCAGACAUCUUUUUGGAAGGAUUAACGAAAAUUGGAAAGUAUUGAAAGAUUGCCAUGAAAAGUCUAUUAUGGAAAAGUAUACGAAUUUGGGAAAUCUUAUCUCAGCUGGAUAUGCAGUGUUCGUGUACAUAUCAACUUUAACAUUUGUAAUGGAGCCAGUUUUGCCGAUGAUGGCAAAUUUUUUAUUCAAAACAAAUAUUUCCGCUCCACAUAAUUUUGCUGUUCCAAUGGAAUGGAUUAUUAUAGAUACAGAAAAAUAUUACUGGGCGAUAUUGAAUGUGAGCGGUUUCUGUAUUAUGGGCUUACUGUCUGUACUUGUUUCUGUUGACGUUAUUUUCAAUACCUUAGUAUACCAUGCAUGUGGUUUAUUUGCAAUCGUAGGAUAUCGAAUUGAAAAUUUGCCUUACGAAGUAAACCUUGAAAAUGAGCUCACGAAAUCAAAGCUAUUGAGAAAUUCAUAUGACGUUCAUUACAUACAUUUAGUUUCGUGUAUUAGAUUCCAUCGACGAGCUUUAGAAUACUUUGAUUUAAUUGAGAGCGCAUUUAGUGGAUGCUUUGGAGCAGCGAUUGGAUUAACUUUGCCAAUAAUGAGUAUUACUGGCGUUCAGUUUAUAACACAAUCAAAUACAUUGCGGCAGAAAAUAAAAACGUUGAUGUACACCAUGGGUGUGAUAAUUCAUCUCUUUUUCGAAUGUUUUAUAUCUCAACAGCUAACGGAUAUGAGCUUCAAAAUCCAACAGCACAUAGCUAAUACAAAGUGGUAUGAUAUUUCGGUAAAUUCACAAAAAUUGUUGGUUCUGAUGACACGGAGAUGCCAAAUACCGUGUAUUUUAACAGCAGGAAAAAUCCUGGAUUUGUCUAUGGAAACCUUUGGAAUGAUGAUAAAAACAGCUACAUCGUACUUUACUGUUCUUCUAUCCAUGCAAUAAAUUUUAUUAAAUUUAUUUUUAUAAUGAUCACUCAGUUAUGAAUUUAUUUAUACUCUGUAAACAUGAAUAAGUAAAAUAAGUGAAUAUCCACUAAUUCCAAGUGCA